AUGGUUAAGAAAACUACCAAAAAGGAAGUUAGCAAAAAACUUCCCCCAACUAAGAAAUUAGUAGUUUCUGAAACUAAAAAAACUAAGGUUAAAGUUAAGAAACUAACCGCUGAAGCAAAGCAAGAAAAAAAAAGGGAAAAUUUAGACCUAAAUCAAGAUGCUGAUUACCGCACCUUACUUUUUGAAUAUGAAAAUAACUAUUCAGAAGUGGAAUAUUCUCCGCAACCAGCAAGUUUAGCCGAACAAAUUGCUUAUGAUUAUCUUUUACUAGUAAUCAAGAGUUUAUUAAGCAAACUCAGCGACUUUGAUUGUCAUCUCGGCUUUGAAGAAUUAUCUGAAUAA